GCUUACUUCGUAGAAAGAUAAUGAGUCCAGUUUCAGAGAUGUUUGUGAGGAACCUGGUAUCUUCCCGGGCAGGCCUUGGCAUAUCUACGCUGCGCUUUCUGCCCAAACAGAAGUCACUGAGCUUAUAGUGAAUAUGGGAUGUCCUGCUAGGAUACUGUCCACUCAGCCCUACCUGUCUGUGAACCAGCAGCUCAAGGAUCUCCAUAAGGUGCUCACACAUCUAAAAGACAGGACACCCAGGCUGGUUGGGUCUGGCAAGUUGGGCAUGAACGAUAUCCACGCCUCCUGGGCCCAGUAUAUGGCAAUCUGGAGACAGGGCGGGGCCAGAAAGUUGUAUUUUGUUAAGACAGACAUCUCUAACUGCUAUGAUUCCAUCAUCCAAGAGAAAUUGGUGCAGAUUAUGGAAACUAUUAUCAAAGAGGAGUUGCAGGAGGAGUGUGUGGUUCGCAAAUAUUUCAACUUCUCCCUGCAAGGUGGUCAGGUGCGCAAGACAUACCAGAGACAUGCAGCACAGCUUUCUAACUUCAUUCAGGAUUUCACAAAUUUUGCAAAAUCACAGGUCAUUGAGAAAAAUUUGCAUGGUGUUGUCUUCGUAGAUAAGGUCCUCUACCAGCAUUUAUCAGCUGAGACAGUGCUACAAAUUCUAAGGAGCCACAUUUUCAACAAUAUUGUGAAGGUAGGCAGGCAGUAUUACCUACAGAAUGAGGGUAUCAGCCAGGGCUCUAUUCUAUCCACCCUGCUGUGUAAUUUCUACUACGCGUGCAUGGAGCGUGACCACAUUGCCCUGCAGAGUGACGAGCUGCUUAUGAGGGUUGUCGAUGACUACCUCUUUGUGUCUCCCUCCUUGGAAAGUGCCACUGGUUUCCUCAGGACAAUGCUGGCUGGGAUCAAGGACUAUAACUGUCAUACCAAUGUUGACAAAGUCAUGAGUAACUUCCCUUGCCGUGUGGUAGAAAACCAGUCCAUUGAGUACAUUGAAACAGGCUGGUUUCCAUGGAGUGGACUUCUGUUCAACAUGCAGACACUGGAAGCGGCUAUGGACUAUACCAGAUAUGCGGGCGCAAGUAUUAAAGACACAAUGAAUUUUGAUUUUGUAAGGGAACCUGGAAAGACAUUCGAAAGGAAAUUGAUUGGCUCCUUGCGUCAGAAGUGUCAUGACAUGUUCCUGGACCCUGCAGUUAACAGUCCCAGUCAGAUCUUCACCAGUAUCUACCAUCUUUUUCUACUGACCAUGCUCAAUUUCCAUGCAUGUGCAAGGUCACUUCCUGUCAAGCAAAGGGUAGAGGACAACCCUGGCUUCUUCUAUGAUGUGUUGAAGUCUGUAUCAUACAGCAUGAUGCGAAUCUUACAAAAGCAGCAGACAGCCUGUGCAGAAAACCUCAAUGAAAGUCAAUUGAAUGCUUUAAUAACGUGGCUGUGUUGGAAAGCGUUCCUGGUGACGUAUUGACUACGUCUUUGCUUUUCCCGACUCACUAAACUUGUAAAGACUGGAGUGGUGGCUGUAAAAAAGCACUUGCGUCAAAGUGACCUUAUCUCCUUAGAAAGCAUAGCAGGAGAUGAUUUGCCCUCUGUGUUUGAAAACAUAAUGGUGUAAUACUUUGAUAUGCUAGGAUUCGUUUGAUACAUGCACAUGCAAGGAAUUGUGAAAUACUUACAUAAGUUAUGAAUUGUGCUGUACUUGGACAACCAAACAUUUGUGUGAUACUUGGAUCUGCAGAAAGUGGUGUAACGUAAUGAUAUGUCAUUAAUUAUAAUACUUCGAAACAGUAUGCAUUGAAUAAGGUUAUUUUUUAGCUCUGCUUUUUUUGGAGAAUACUCGAGGUAUUGUCAUAGCUAGCUCAUCGUUUUUCUUCCGGUGUCUGCCCAUUUUAGGGUCACUUUGUCAAAGGUCAAGGUCACUGUGACCUCUAAAACUUUAACAUCUUAAAUCAAAGUGCUUCCACCUAUAACUUUGAAACUUCAUAUAUAGAUGUACCCUUGAUGAGUUUUACAUGCCGCACCCAUUUUUGGGUCACUUGGUCAAAGGUCAAGGUCACUAAGAUGAGUUCUUCUGGCCACUUACCUUUCUACCUUUUCUUCUGACAAGCUUUUCAACCGCUGUGCAGUGCUCUUGUUUAAAUGCAAGGAAUGGUGUGUUUCUAUGAAAUCCAAUAAAUGUUGUAAUACUUUGACAUUCAAGGAAGGGUGUUAAGCUUUGACAUUCAAGUAAGGGUGUUAAGCUUUGACAUUCAAGGAAUUGUGUGGAGCUUUGACAUUCAAGGAAUGAUAUAAAGCUUUGACAUUCAAGGAAUGGUGUUAAGCUUCAACAUUCAAUGAAUUAUCUUAAGCUUUGAGAUUCAAUGAAUGGUGUUAAGCUUUGACAUUCAAGAAAUGGUGUUAAGUUUUGACAUUCAAGGAAUUGUGUUAAGCUUCGACAUUCAAUGAAUUAUCUUAAGCUAUGAGAUUCAAUGAAUGGUGUUAAGCUUUGACAUUCAAGAAAUGGUGUUAAGUUUUGACAUUCAAGGAAUGGUGUUAAGCUAUGACAUUCAAGGAACGGUGUUAAGCUUCGAUAUUCAAUGCAUGGUGUUAAGCUUUGACAUUCAAGGAAUUGUGUUGAGCUUUGAAAUUCAAGGAAUGGUGUAAAGCUAUGACAUUCAAGGAAUGGUGUUAAGCUUCGAAAUACAAUGAAUGGUGUUAAGCUUUGACAUUCAUGGAAUUGUGUUGAGCUUUGAAAUUCAAGGAAUGGUGUUAAGCUAUGACAUUUAAGGAAUGGUGUUAAGCUUUGACAUUCAAGGAAUGGUGAUAAGAUUUGACAUUCAAGGAAUGGUGUUAAGCUUUGGCAUUCCAGGAAUGGUGUUAAGCUAUGACAUUCAAGAAAUGGUAAUAAGCUUUGACAUUCAUUAAAUCUUUUAAAGCUUUGUCAUUCAAGGAAUUUUGUUAACCUAUGACAUUUAACGAAUUGUUUAAAGCUUUGACAUUCAAUUACAUUGUGUAAUUGUUUAAAGCUUUGACAACCAAGAUGUUGUGUUAAACUUUAAUAUUCAACCAACUAUGUUAGCAUACAAAUAAGUGUGUAAAACUUUACCAUACGAGUAAUUGUGUACAACUUCGACUUACAAGUUCUUUUGUUAUACAAUGACAUGCUAUGAUUGGUGCAAUACUUGAACAUAGAAAAAGAUGUGUUAUACUUUUGCAUGCAAUAGUUGAUAAAGCAAUUUUAUUUUUGCAAUAAAGAUGGAUAUUAUA